CAACGCAAAAGAAACCGAGGGGGCAAUGCAAUGUUUCAUUUGAACAUGAUAGACGGUCUCGAGACAAGGGAAGAACGGAAUAUUCGCGCAAGGGCUAUACUUGGUAAUGCAGAUUAAAACAACCCACACACACACACAUAACACUACCUCUCACGCACGAGGAAGAAGAGAGGGAGAGAGAGACAAACAGAGAUAGAUAGAUAGAUACCGUAGGUAGAUAGAUAGAUGGAGGCUUGCUCCGAGGGACUCGAGUCCCUGAAACUCAGGAGCCCGCCAAAACCGACUACUGCGUUAGACAGCCGUCUAAUGAACUGCUGCCACGUCAAAAAUUCUCCGAUAACCCGCGAAAGCGUGCAGCGCAGUAGUAGCAGCAGCAAAGCAGCAGCGCGCCCUGACGUGACGCCCACCUGCCUAUUACUACACCUAGUUAAUACUACCUACAGUACCACUACUACCACUACCACCACUCUUUAUACAUACCUACAUAUGUGUACGUACAGACUGUACAUAUCAUCCAUCUUCUUCUACCAUAUCUAUCUACAUAUUAUUAUUGUCGAUAGCCCGCACGCAUUCACCCGAACCUCCAGCUCAAACUUUUCCGCACAAUCUCCAACCAUCUAUCUACCUACCUAUCUUUUUUCCCGCCUGCAACUCGAUUCGACGAAUGAUAAGAGCCAAAGGAAGACAGAGAGAGAGAGACAGCAGAGCGAAAAAAAACAAGACAGGCGCUCCAAAUGGAUCGCAAAUGCACCUAGUCUAAACCUACCUACCUACACUACCUUACUUACUACCCACCACCCACUUUUGGUUGGCCUUUUUUUGCCAGCACACACGAUUAUUGCCUUGAAGCGAGUCCACGUUGCGCACCCCCCGGCAACCGCCAUCCCAGAGCCAAUCAGUGCCCCGCCCCUGGUCGCGACUAUACGCUUAGGUUAAAAAAGGCCUUUUGCCAACGCAUCACCGCAUCCGCAUGGUUGAGAAAGGAGAGGUGUGGUGUGGUGUGGUGUAGUGCAGCGCAGUGCAGAGAGUGUGUGUGCGUGUGUGUGUGUGUGUGUGUGAGUCUGCGCGCGCGCGUGUAGCACCGUUCAAAAGCAUCCUGAUCUGCCCCCUUUCAUUCCACCUACUAUCAGCUCAACUUUCUUCCUUUUUGGUUCUCCUCACCUCUCUUUAGCGACCUGCAACAGAACAUGUCGACGUACUCGUCUACUAACUACUAACUACUUCAUGGUCUCC